AUGGCGUCGUCCACGGGCAAGGAAACACCUCCGAGCAAGAAGUGUCGCCUUGCUGAGAUAGUGCAGUUCAAAUGUGAGCCCGGACUGCAAGCGGACGGGCCGCCACAGUGGCACUGUUUACCAGUCAUCCGUAUAUUCAGAAUAUGCCAGGAUAGGCCGGCCGUGGAACUCACCAAGUUCGUUGACAUGAACGUGGAGACGGGUGCCGUUCAGGUACCUCCCCAGUCAAGUCAAGUGCUACCCAAAGCUAAGCUAUGGAGGGACAUCACUCGGUACGAAGACAAGGCAGCGAAUGACCUCUAA